ACGGUUCCCUGGAGAAAAUAUUAUUUAAUCCUCGCGCAUAACUCUUUGUUGGGAACCGGUCAUGGCGGGCCGACCCUGACUUAUAAUCAUUUACUUGAUCGGAGCGUGUUUUGGCCGACAAUGUGGAGAGAUGUCCAAAAUCAUUGCAAGUCGUGCAUUUCGUGCACCAUUGCUGAGGCAACAAACACACGCAAUAAGGCCCCACUAGGCCACGAGACGUAUUUGGGUUUCUUUCGAAUCUUGAACGUUGAUCAUGUGGGCCCGUUCAAAGUGGACCGGGGCUAUAGGUAUUUGCUCUCGGUAAGGGAUCACGCCACGCUGUUCAGCUGGUUUAUCCCGGUGAAGUCGAAGUUCACGCGAGAGGCUGCGGAAGCGCUGGUGGCGAAUGUAUUUUGUUUAACUGGUUACCCAGUGAUUGUUCGAUCAGAUCGAGGAUUCGGCGAACAAGGCGACAAGAGUUUAGGCAAAUGGCUCCAGGUGUACGGGGUGCACCAUGCUCCAGUAAUGCCUUAUUCCCCGCAGGCGAAUUGGUUGGUUGAAGUGUUGCACAAACCAUUAAGGAAGUUGCUCAUGAAAUUUGCGGAGAAUUCAAAGUGGAUUGAGCUUGUUCCUUACUUGAAUUGGAUUGCGCGUACAACACCUUACGAGGUGUUGAAUGGAAGAUCUGCAUAUGAGGUGGUCUUUGGCUGUAAACCA